CGCGCGCUGCUCGUGUCCCUCUGAUACGUUUCUUGAAUUUCCCACUUCAGUCCGUGUCACAUCCGGUACAGCACCACUGCUUGGCCCCGCUUCUCAAAUUUCCUGCCCACACCUUCCCUCUCGUAUUAACCAAGCCAAGUUUGUCCAGUGAUGAAGUAAUAUUUUUCGCAGCUUUCGUGCACAUCCCUACAUUCGCGAUCGGAUCGGUGGUCCAGGAGGAAAGAGGACGAGGAGGCGUCGAGGAGCUGAGAUGAGAUAAAUAUGCAAAGAGACGCAUCUGUAAACCAUUCCAAUCUUAUUUUCCCAUUAUUUUGGCGCUGAAUUAAAUCAUAGCCUUUACGCAUUUUCAAGAGAAGAGAGCCGGACAGCUGGACAGAAAUCAGCUCUGCAUGUGAUAUCUUCGGAUCAGGUGGCAUCGGCAGCAGAAGAUGCAGCCUGCAAGCAAGCUCCUGAGUCUCACCCUCCUCGUACUGAUGGGCACUGAACUCACCCAAGUGCUGCCUGCAAACCCCGAGGAGUCGUGGCAGGUGUACAGCUCAGCGCAAGACAGUGAGGGCAGGUGUGUGUGCACUGUUGUGGCCCCUCAGCAGACCAUGUGUUCACGGGACGCCAGGACCAAACAACUGAGACAGCUCUUGGAAAAAGUCCAGAAUAUGACUCAGUCCAUCCAGAGUCUUGACCAGAGGACCCAGAAAGACCUGGAGUAUGUGCAAAGAAUGGAGGUGCAGUUGAAAGGCCUGGAAUCUAAGUUCAAACAGGUGGAGGAAAGCCACAAGCAGAAUAUCGCAAAGCAAUACAAGGCCAUAAAAGCGAAAAUGGAGGAACUUAGGCCAAUGAUACCAGUGUUGGAGGAAUACAAGGCCGAUGCAAAAUUGGUAAUGCAGUUUAAAGAGGAGGUCAAGAAUCUGACAUCAGUGCUAAAUGAACUGCAGGAGGAGAUCGGGGCCUUUGACUACGAGGAGCUUCACAACAGGGUGUCUAAUCUUGAGGAGAGGCUCCGUGCAUGCAUGCAAAAAUUAGCUUGUGGGAAGCUGACAGGAAUAAGUGAUGCUAUAACCAUGAAGACAUCUGGAUCAAGAUAUGGAUCCUGGAUGACGGAUCCGCUUGCCCCUGACGGUGAUACGAGGGUGUGGUACAUGGACGGUUACCACAACAAUCGCUUUGUCCGGGAAUACAAGUCCAUGGCCGACUUCAUGUAUUCGGACAACUUUACCUCCCAUCGACUUCCUCACCCCUGGUCGGGCACAGGACAGGUGGUCUACAAUGGCUCCAUCUACUUCAAUAAGUUCCAAAGCAACACCAUCAUCAAAUUCGACUUUAAGACAGCCACCAUCAGCAAGUCUGGUCAGCUGGAUUACGCCGGCUUCAACAACCGCUACCACUAUUCCUGGGGUGGUCACUCCGACAUUGACCUAAUGGUGGACGAAGGUGGGCUUUGGGCCGUGUAUGCCACUAAUCAAAAUGCUGGAAACAUUAUCAUCAGCAAGCUCAACCCAUCAACCCUGCAGAUCAUCAAAAGCUACACCACCAACCACCCAAAGAGGAGCGCGGGUGAGGCUUUCAUGAUCUGCGGGACGCUUUAUGUCACCAAUGGAUACUCAGGAGGGACAAAGGUCUACUAUGCGUUCCAUACCAACUCCUCUACUUAUGAAUAUAUCGACAUCCCAUUACAGAACAAGUAUUCCCAUAUCUCCAUGCUGGAUUAUAACCCUAGAGACAGAGCUCUUUAUGCAUGGAACAAUGGGCACCAGGUGCUGUAUAACGUCACCUUGUUCCACCUCAUUCGCUCCGAGGAACUCUAAAGUGGCAUUCUCCAUCCGUCCAAGCUAUACAGUAGCACUGAGGGAAUUUAUUACUGAAAAUUAGAAUAAAGCCUAAUGAUUGUUCAAUAAAAGAAGGCGUAUCAAAAGUAAUAGUUAAUGGCAACAUAAUGAAAAGAUGCCAAAAAAUCUCUUUUUUUAAGCUCCCUUAGAUGAUUGUGUUUGAAUUUUCACUGCUAAAAAAA